AUGACGGCCAUCCCAUCACAGUCCAUCGGCCCCAUCACGAGACCGCCCAUCUCUGGCAGCUCGCAGCACCCCGCACCCCCUUCCCAGAAUAAGGAUGCAAAUAGCCCUCCUCGGACGCGCGAGAUCGCGCCCCCAAAAACGGGCCGCCGGCGGAGUCGGGUCGGCAUGCAGGCGUCCGCGCGCCAAACACGGCAUGUGGGCGGACAAAUGCGACAGCACGAGGCGCCGCGCGGUCGCGAGCAGAAGCCUCGAGGACGGGCACGCCCUCCGGCCUCAGGGCGCGAGACAGCGCCCGGCGGAUCCCCCGUCGAAGCGGUGGCGCCGACAGGCUUCGCAGGACGAUCGGGCCCAUGGCCAGGCGCCGGCAGCGUGCAAGGCGGGGGCCAGUGGGACGGCAAGCGGUGA